UGACUUGAAACCAGACCGCUUUUAGGCAAGCCGUUUCUAACUUGCGACUCUCAACCCUUUUUAGAAUUAGAUCAUAAUCCUUUAGGUAGACGCUUUAGGCAGCAAAACCUAAAACAUUUCGUUUCAUAGUUGCCUCCUGCGCUGAGAGGUGGGAAGUCGAGGCAGAAUGCCCGGCAGCAUCCUCUACAGCCUUGUGGCAAGGGGACAGGUGGUUCUCGCAGAACACAGCGUCAUCACCGGAAAUGCAAGUGUCAUCGCAAUUCGCAUCCUGGAGAAGCUGCCCCAUGAGGACACUCGAGUGAGCUACACCCAGGAGCGGCACAUGUUCCACGUGAUGGUGGCGGAGGGCAUCACAUACAUGGCGGUGGCGGAGGAGUCCUUCGGGCGGCGCAUCCCCUUCGCUUUCCUGGACGACGUGAGGGGGCGCUUCGCCGGCAUGUAUGGAGCGGCAGCCAAGGAGGCGGUUGCCUACGAGUACAACACGGAGUUCAGCCGGGUGCUGGCGGAGCGAGCUGCGUUCUUCAGCGACCCGGCGGCAGACGCCAUCAACAGAGUCAAGGGCGAGCUCCAGGAGGUGAAGCACAUCAUGAUUGAGAACAUCGAAAAGGUGCUGGAGCGGGGGGAGCGACUGGACUUGCUGGUUGACAAGACGGAGGGGCUGCAGCAGGUGUCUCUGGCCUUCAGACGGGAAGCGCGGCGACUCAAACACACGCUGUGGUGGAAGAACGUGCGGCUGUGGCUGGUGGUGAGCGCCGCCACGGGGCUGCUGGUCUACAUCAUCCUGGCGGCCAUAUGCGGCUUCACGCUGCGGCACUGCUGAGCGGCGCAGCAGGCGGUGUUGAGCUGCGGCGGCGGCGGUGUCACUGCUGAGCGAAGCUCGCCGCCGCCCUGCGAGCUGAGACGGCUGUUGAUGUUGAUGUUGAGGCGGAGGGGGAGGAGGUUUUCUGUUGUGGCGUGGUUAGACAGACGCGCAGCCGGCGCAGGCAGCAGGUGCUGGCUGGAUGUCGGUAGGUGCUGCCGCCGGUAGGGUUGGUAGGUGCUGCAGGGGUUUGCUACUUGCCAUUUGACUGUCUCGCCGGUCUUCCGGACGGAAGGCAUGUGGCGCUUCCCUUAUUGUUCUUGUUUGUUCGGAAGCACUCAUGAACAGGGCAGACUUGGAAAUGUGGGAUUAAAUGGGUAAAUGCUGUGUCUUGGGGCACCACACCCGGGACGUCAGGUACUGUGAAUUGAGCAGGAUGAGUCAUUUGCAUGCUUGCAUGUGCAGGAGUGGAUUGGGGGUGUUGCUUUGGGGAUGCAGGAUGCAGGGGGGCAAUCACAAGCACAAGCACAAGGGCUAGUAUUGUAGAUGCUUUAGACAGAAGCUCAUGUUUGCCGUGGAUGGCAUUCCUGUGGUAGGCACUCCUUGCCAACAGGAGGGUUGUGGACAUCCAACUGCAGUGUUGUUGAUCGCACACUCUUCUUACCGCAACAAGAGGUUGCAGCUGGGUGAAAAGGGGUGUAUGCCGUAGUUGUGAAUGCAGUUAGACGGAAUGAGACGUCCUGUGCUUAUUGCCCUGCUUAGCCCGUUUGCGGAUCCGGAUCGCUUUGUGCGAGUGUGCUUGAGCGCUGCGGAUCACCAAUUGCCCGCUCGAA